CCGCUGGUUGGAGCGGAGUGGGUGACAAAUUUUUCUGUCGCUGUUUCUGCUUCUUAUUCAGUUGUGUAUUCGUUCUGAGUGGCAACUCUAACCUAAGAAUGGCGAGUUCUAGAUUUAGUAAAGUGGAUGAAUAUGGUUUCAUACGCUCAGAUGACUUCGACUAUGAUACUUAUGAAGACUUUAUGUCAGGAUACCUGAAAGUGUUGGCUACAAGAGCUAAGAAAUGGGCUGCAUUACUCAGAAGAGGAAAACCGCUGUCAAGAAGUCAAACUUUAAAACGCUACAUUAGAAAAGGCAUUCCAAACGAGCAUCGUAGUGAGAUCUGGCAACUAGUCAGCGGCGUUGAAGUGUUAAAGCGAGAGCAAGGCAGAGACUUGUAUCACAAGAUUUUGGAUGGUCCGAGGAACCAGGAGAUCGUGGAUACAAUACUCACUGAUUUGCCACGCACUUUUCCAGACAACAUAUUUUUUGAAAACAUGCAUGAAGAGCGGCCGUCUCAACUUUACAGAAUAUUGGUUGCUUUUGCACACCACAACAAAGCAGUUGGGUACUGUCAGGGCUUGAACUACAUCGCUGGUUUGCUUCUGCUAGUGACUAAGAAUGAGGAAGAUGUAUUUUGGCUAUUGAAAGCACUUGUUGAGACCUUACUGCCUGACUAUUACAGCUCAACAAUGAGUGGAGUCAUCACAGACAUUGAAGUCCUCUCAGAGCUUGUCAGAUUGAAGUUACCUGAAGUACACCAGAAAGUGUCCAGUAUGGGUUUACCAUGGGCUCUAGUUGCUACCAAGUGGUUCAUCUGUCUGUAUGCCGAUGUGCUACCAAUAGAGACAGUGCUGAGGAUAUGGGACUGCUUGUUCUAUGAAGGAUCCAAGAUUUUAUUUCGGGUUGCCUUCACAAUGAUAGCAAGACACAGAGACUCCCUCAGCAACUGUGAAGACUUCACUGCCUUAGCUGAGUGUUUCAAGGGUAUAGCACAUGACUCCUUCACUAUUCACUGCCAUCAUUUUAUCAAGAGUAUUUUCAAAGUUCCUGGCACUUUUAAGUCAUCAACAAUAGAGCGGUUACGGACAGAACAACUUCAGAAGAGAGAAGUGAAGAAAAAGAAAGAGUGAAUUGCUUAAAAUCUGCAAAACAUACUUCUAGUCCCUGCUGCCAUCCUUAAUCAGACAAAAACUUUUAUUUUUUUAUAAAUCCAUAUAACUAUAUAUAGUAUUUUCUUAUACUACCAGUCAUAUUUAUCUCAUAAGAUAAUAUUUACUGAGGUUGGUAUACUGAGUAAUAAGUGUACUAUAGUGUGGUGUUUUAUGGAUGAACCAUAAGCUAAAAGUAAAGGUCAGUAAUUUUCUAACUUGACUAUUUCUUAGCAUUAAUAGAUCAGUAAUCAUAAAACUUCAUAAUGUAAACGUAUUAUAGUGAAAGAGUGUUGUAGCAGCAAUUGCUCUCUAAAAUAAAAAAAGUCGUAUCAUA